AUGCGGUCACUCCUCACCAUUUUCAGCGCAUUGCUGGCAUACGCCACUGCUGUGUAUGCUACUGCCCUCACCUACAGACUAGAGGCACACGAGCAAGCGUGCUUCUACGCGCACGUUGAGAACAAGGGGACCAAGUUGGCUUUCUACUUUGCAGUCCAAUCCGGAGGCUCAUUCGAUGUCGACUAUUUGGUUGUCGGCCCAACAGACAAGACCAUCCUGGAUGGAACCAAGGAGCGACAGGGCGACUUUGUAUUCACGGCAAACGAUGUGGGAGAAUACCGUUUCUGCUUCAACAACGAGAUGAGCACUUUUGCAGAGAAGAUGGUCGAUUUCGAAAUCGCCGUUGAGAACGAAGCCGCCCGUGCCAAGAUCCCGUCCAAGCAGGGCUCCUCCCCUGAACAGACCUCGGUCCUUGAGGAGUCUAUUCUCAAGUUAUCCGCACAACUCUCCACCAUCUCCCGCAACCAGAAGUACUUCCGCACGCGCGAGAACCGCAACUUCAGCACCGUCAAGAGUACCGAGAAGAGGAUAUUCAACUUCAGUUUGAUGGAGUCAGGCUUGAUCAUGACCAUGGCAGGGUUGCAGGUCUUCAUUGUUCGCUUCUUUUUCCAGGGCGCGAGGAAAGGCUACGUAUGA